AUGAAGGACUUUGUUUCCGAGAGUUGUCAGUCUGAUACUUUUACAUCAGCACUAAAUUUACUGUUGAAUGUCCAGCCCUGCAAAUGCUCCACUUGUGGAGCUCUCAUUGAAAUCAACCUGGCUUCAUCAUCCUUUCUUGAUAAAGAAGGUUUUAUGAUAAACGGUAUACGAGCUAGUCCAAUACCUGAUGGAUGGAAGCUGGGAGUGGGGAAACACCUUUCUGCUGGGAUCAGAUGGAGAAUUUCUUCCAUUUUGCCAGGGCUUGAAGGGAGUUAUAUAUCCCAUCAAUUUCUCUACAGGCAGAAGGAGCUUCUGAAAAGAGAUGACGACAGUGAAGAGUCCACAAGCGCAGAAGAUGAUGGUAUGCUGCGUUCAGACAAGGGCUCAUGUUCUACUUGGGGUGCAGGGCAUUUCUCCACCUUUGAUAAUUAUUUGUAUGACUUCUCUGGGUCCUGCAACUACAUCUUCACCACCGUGUGCAAUGAUGUUAGCCCGGACUUCAACAUCCAGUUCCGCCGCGGGGUGAACAAAAAAAUUACAAGAAUCAUCAUAGAGUUGGGACCUGUCGUCAUCAUAGUUGAAAAGAACAUCAUUGUGCUCAAGGGUGUUGGUAUCAUCAAGUUGCCAUAUACCAGCAAUGGAAUCCAAAUUGCUCCUUUUGGACGCACUGUCCGCCUGGUGACCAAGCUGAUGGAGAUGGAGCUGGAAGUCGUCUGGAACAACGACGACUAUCUCAUGGUUAUGGUUGAGAGAAAAUAUAUGAGGAAAACUUGUGGAAUGUGUGGGAAUUUUGAUGGACAGGAACUAAAUGAGUUUCUGAGUGAAGGUAAAUUGCUGGAUGCUUACCAAUUUGCCACUUUACAAAAAAUGGAUGACCCGUCAGAGAUCUGCCCAUCUGAGGAGAUGGCAAUUCCCAAUAUUCCUCGCAAAAAAUAUGCUAGGAUCUGCUCCCAGCUGCUCAACCUUGUGUCUCCGGCUUGCAACGUGUCCAAGAAAGCAUUUGUCAUCCGUUGUCAGCUUGAUAUGCAGGACUGUAGUGAUCCAGGGCAAAGAAACUGUACUUGUGCUACACUGUCAGAGUACUCUAGGCAAUGUGCCAUGUCCAAUCAAGUAGUGUCUGAUUGGAGGAGUGCAGACUUCUGCUCUGUAGGAAAAUGUUCAGCUGACCAAAUCUACAAGGAGUGUGGUUCUCCAUGUGUUAAAACCUGUUCCAACCCAGAGUACAGCUGUUCCAGUUACUGUACAUAUGGUUGCUUCUGCCCAGAAGGCACUGUUCUUGAUGACAUCUCAAAAAAUCGAACAUGUGUUCCCAUUGACCAGUGCCCAUGUACACUGAAUGGGGAGAGUUAUGAUCCUGGCGUUACCAUGAAAGCAACAUGCAGGACCUGUAAAUGUACAAUGGGCCAGUGGAAUUGCAAUGAACUACCCUGCCCAGGAAGAUGUUCCCUGGAGGGAGGCUCUUUUGUCACCACGUUUGAUUCCAGGUCAUACAGGUUUCAUGGAGUCUGCACAUAUAUCCUCAUGAAGAGUCCCAGCCUUCCGUACAAUGGAACCCUGAUGGCUGUGUAUGAUAAGUCUGGUUACUCUCAUUCUGAAACAUCAUUAACUGCUAUAAUUUACCUUUCUGCAAAGGACAAAAUUGUGAUUUCUCAAAAUGAACUUCUCACAGAUGAUGAACUCAGGUGGCUGCCUUAUAGAUCAGGUGACAUCACCAUUUUCAGACAGUCCUCCACCCACAUUCAAAUGUAUACCACCUUUGGGCUGGAGCUAAUAAUUCAAACUUGGCCAGUGUUUCACGUCUAUAUAAAAGUUGGACUUCUCUUCAAAGGCAGAACCCUAGGGUUGUGUGGCAAUUACAAUGGAGACACUACAGACGAUUUCAUGACCAGCAUGGAUAUUAUUGAAGGCACAGCAGCCCUGUUUGUGGACUCCUGGAGAUCAGGGAACUGCCACUCUGCUGCAGAGAGGGACACAGACCCUUGCUCUAUGAGUCAAUUGAACAAAAUGUCUGCAGAGACCCAUUGCUCCAGUCUUACUAAGAAGGGCACAGUGUUUGAGAAAUGCCAUUCUGUGGUGAAUCCUGCUCCUUUUUACAAGAGAUGCAUCUACCAAGCCUGUAACUAUGAGGAAACCUUUCCUUAUAUUUGUUCUGCACUGGGAUCUUAUGCAAGAGUGUGUGCUUCAAUGGGGCUGAUCCUUGUAAACUGGAGGGACACUGUAGACAACUGCACCAUUCCCUGUACUGGCAAUCAGACAUUCAGUUACCACACUGAAGCCUGUGAUAGGACGUGCCUGUCACUUUCCGACCAAACCCUCGAAUGUUAUCCUACUGACAUCCCUAUUGAUGGCUGCAACUGUCCUAAAGGUACCUACUUGAACCACAGAAGUGAAUGUGUGCGUAAAUCCAUGUGUCCCUGCUACCUGGAAGAUAAGAGGUUCAUACUACCUGACCAGUCGACUAUAAUUGGUGGCAUUACCUGCUAUUGUGUUAAUGGAAAGAUGAGUUGCACUGGUAAACCUCAAGACCCUUCAGAAAACUGCAAGCCUCCCAGAAAAUAUGUGUCAUGUUCACAGAACUCAGAGAACAAAUAUGGAGCCUCCUGUUCCCCUACCUGUCAGAUGCUGGCCACUGGAAUUGAAUGUGUACCCACUAGGUGUGAAUCAGGCUGUGUCUGCACUGAUGGGCUAUAUGAGAAUCUAGAUGGAAUGUGUGUACCACCUGAUGAGUGUCCCUGUGAAUAUGGUGGCAUCUCUUAUAAAAAAGGGGAAGAAAUCCACACCGAAUGCAAAACCUGCACCUGUACAAGAGGCAAAUGGAAAUGUGUUCAGAAAUCUAAAUGCUCCUCAACAUGUACCCUCUAUGGAGAAGGACAUGUCACCACUUUUGAUGGACAGCGCUUUGUGUUUGAUGGCAACUGCGAAUACAUACUAGCUACGGAUGGUUGUGGUAUGAACAGCUCUCACUCCACCUUUAAAAUUGUGACUGAGAAUGUCAUCUGUGGGAAAUCAGGAGUCACCUGUUCCAGGUCCAUCAAGAUCAACCUUGGGAAUAUGACACUUAUACUGGCAGAGGAAACCUACUUUGUAUAUGGGGACAAUCCUCUGACACAAUUCCACGUGAAAAAGAAUGCCCUUCACCUGAUGUUCGAUAUCAUUAUCCCAGGAAAAUACAACAUGACUCUUAUCUGGAACAAGCACAUGAAUAUUUUCAUCAAGAUCUUCAGAGAAGCACAGGAUCACCUCUGCGGUUUGUGUGGGAAUUACAAUGGGAACAUGAGAGAUGACUUUGAAACUCGAAGCAAAUACGUGGCAGCAAAUGAACUGGAGUUUGUAAAUUCUUGGAAGGAAAAUCCUAUGUGCGGGGAUGUGUUCUUUGUAGUUGAUCCCUGUAGCAAGAACCCUUAUCGUAAAGCUUGGGCAGAGAGGAAGUGUUCCAUCAUCAACAGCCAGGUCUUUGCUCCAUGUCACAGUAAGGUAUACCGCAUGCCUUAUUAUGAUGCCUGUGUCCGAGACUCCUGUGGGUGUGACUCUGGAGGAGACUGUGAAUGCAUGUGUGAUGCCAUUGCAGUAUAUGCCAAGGCAUGCUUAGAUGUAGGUGUCUGCAUUGACUGGAGAGCCCCAGAGUUCUGUCCCGUCUAUUGUGACUACUUCAACACACACCGAAAGUCAGGCAGUGAGGGCACCUACAGCUACAAUUAUUGGGAUGAACAAAAUUGCACCUGGCAUUACCGACCUUGUAAUUGCCCACAGCAAAAUUACAAAUAUGUCAACAUUGAAGGCUGUUACAACUGCUCACACAAUGAAUACUUUGAUCACGAGGAGGGACAGUGCAAGCCCUGCAUAGGACCUGAGCCCAUUAGGACAACCCCUGAAACCUCUACACCUUCAACAGUAACAACAACAGUACAAACUAAAACACCAAGAAGCACUACUACAGUUGAAACACCAACUACUACCGUACCACCAACAGCCACUACAUCUACAGAGUCCACCAUGCACACUAUUUUAAGCACUGCACCAACCACCCUAUCUACUACAAAAGUAACCAUAAAAACACCUAUCACAAUCAAAUCCACUACUCACUCCAUACCAGUAACCACCAUUACGAAAAAGACAACACUGUCAACUACCCCAAUCAUAACAGUAACUGAGAUUACUUCACCAAUAACCACCACCAAAAGAACCAUAUCACCAACCUCAGAAACGCCAAUCACCCCUACAGUCACAGUCAUCUCAACAACUGCAAAGAAACUUACAACUCCACGUAUGACAACAACCAUUACAACACCAACUAUUACAAAGACAUCACCAACUACUUCACAACCGCCUACUACAUACACUAGGUCAACGAAAACCAGAAAAACUGUCACGCCAACUGCGCACACGACUGAAACUCUAAUAACGAUAUCUCUACCCACAAGCUCAACAGAGAGCACCGCAUCAGAGUCCACCACCCCAAGCACCGCAAAAACAACUACGCUGACGACAGUUUCUCCAACUACUAAGUCAACUAAGUCCACAACGGGAUCAACACCAACAGUAACUAAGACCGCAGAAACCCCAACAACGAGAAGUACCAGGAAAACAAAACCAACCACAUCUGUCUCUACAACUUCCGAAACAACUGCAUCAACAGAAUCCAGCCCAACCUCCUCAGCCAAAACAAGUCGAAGAAGCACAACUCUGACAAUGACUACAUCUUCCACCAAGUCUACUGAAACCAGUACAACCGCCAUACCAGCUACACCCACAACCCUCACUCUCACCACGACUACCUUGUCCACUAGCUCACCAGAGAGCACAACAUCCAAGUCAACCCCUACCAUUUCCACUCCCUUUACCACGCCCACCACAACCAUCACACCAACUCCACUCACAACCGUCACUCUGACGACGACGGCCCCGACCAGUACUUCUCCGGAGACCACUGCAUCUGAGUCCACCACCCUGAGCACCGCAAAAACAACUACGCUGACGACAGUUUCUCCAACUACUAAGUCAACUAAGACCACAACGGGAUCAACACCAACAGUAACUAAGACCACAGAAACCCCAACAACGAGAAGUACCAGGAAAACAACACCAACCACAUCUGUCUCUACAACAUCCAAAACCACUGCGUCAACAGAAACCAGCCCAACCUCCCCAGCCAAAACAAGUCGAAGAAGCACAACUCUGACAAUGACUACAUCUUCCACCAAGUCUACUGAAACCAGUACAACCCCCAUACCAGCUACACCCACAACCCUCACUCUCACCACGACUACCUUGUCCACUAGCUCACCAGAGAGCACAACGUCAAAGUCAACCCCUACCAUUUCCACUCCCUUUACCACGCCCACCACAACCAUCACACCAACUCCACUCACAACCGUCACUCUGACGACGACGGGCCCGACCAGUACUUCUCCGGAGACCACCGCAUCUGAGUCCACCACCCCGAGCACCGCAAAAACAACUACGCUGAUGACAGUUUCUCCAACUACUAAGUCAACUAAGUCCACAACGGGAUCAACACCAACAGUAACUAAGACCGCAGAAACCCCAACAACGAGAAGUACCAGGAAAACAACACCAACCACAUCUGUCUCUACAACAUCCAAAACCACUGCGUCAACAGAAACCAGCCCAACCUCCUCAGCCAAAACAAGUCGAAGAAGCACAACUCUGACAAUGACUACAUCUUCCACCAAGUCUACUGAAACCAGUACAACCCCCAUACCAGCUACACCCACAACCCUCACUCUCACCACGACUACCUUGUCCACUAGCUCACCAGAGAGCACAACGUCAAAGUCAACCCCUACCAUUUCCACUCCCUUUACCACGCCCACCACAACCAUCACACCAACUCCACUCACAACCGUCACUCUGACGACGACGGCCCCGACCAGUACUUCUCCGGAGACCACCGCAUCUGAGUCCACCACCCCGAUCACCGCAAAAACAACUACGCUGACGACAGUUUCUCCAACUACUAAGUCAACUAAGACCACAACGGGAUCAACACCAACAGGAAAAGAACCAACUAAACCUACUACUCCAUCCUCACCUGUAACUAAGACCGCAGAAACCCCAACAACGAGAAGUACCAGGAAAACAACACCAACCACAUCUGUCUCUACAACAUCCAAAACCACUGCGUCAACAGAAACCAGCCCAACCUCCUCAGCCAAAACAAGUCGAAGAAGCACAACUCUGACAAUGACUACAUCUUCCACCAAGUCUACUGAAACCAGUACAACCCCCAUACCAGCUACACCCACAACCCUCACUCUCACCACGACUACCUUGUCCACUAGCUCACCAGAGAGCACAACGUCAAAGUCAACCCCUACCAUUUCCACUCCCUUUACCAUGCCCACCACAACCAUCACACCAACUCCACUCACAACCGUCACUCUGACGACGACGGGCCCGACCAGUACUUCUCCGGAGACCACCGCAUCUGAGUCCACCACCCCGAUCACCGCAAAAACAACUACGCUGACGACAGUUUCUCCAACUACUAAGUCAACUAAGUCCACAACGGGAUCAACACCAACAGUAACUAAGACCGCAGAAACCCCAACAACGAGAAGUACCAGGAAAACAACACCAACCACAUCUGUCUCUACAACAUCCAAAACCACUGCGUCAACAGAAACCAGCCCAACCUCCUCAGCCAAAACAAGUCGAAGAAGCACAACUCUGACAAUGACUACAUCUUCCACCAAGUCUACUGAAACCAGUACAACCCCCAUACCAGCUACACCCACAACCCUCACUCUCACCACGACUACCUUGUCCACUAGCUCACCAGAGAGCACAACGUCGAAGUCAACCCCUACCAUUUCCACUCCCUUUACCACGCCCACCACAACCAUCACACCAACUCCACUCACAACCGUCACUCUGACGACGACGGGCCCGACCAGUACUUCUCCGGAGACCACCGCAUCUGAGUCCACCACCCCGAGCACCGCAAAAACAACUACGCUGAUGACAGUUUCUCCAACUACUAAGUCAACUAAGUCCACAACGGGAUCAACACCAACAGUAACUAAGACCGCAGAAACCCCAACAACGAGAACUACCAGGAAAACAACACCAACCACAUCUGUCUCUACAACAUCCAAAACCACUGCGUCAACAGAAACCAGCCCAACCUCCUCAGCCAAAACAAGUCGAAGAAGCACAACUCUGACAAUGACUACAUCUUCCACCAAGUCUACUGAAACCAGUACAACCCCCAUACCAGCUACACCCACAACCCUCACUCUCACCACGACUACCUUGUCCACUAGCUCACCAGAGAGCACAACGUCAAAGUCAACCCCAACCAUUUCCACUCUCUUUACCACGCCCACCACAACCAUCACACCAACUCCACUCACAACCGUCACUCUGACGACGACGGGCCCGACCAGUACUUCUCCGGAGACCACCGCAUCUGAGUCCACCACCCCGAGCACCGCAAAAACAACUACGCUGACGACAGUUUCUCCAACUACUAAGUCAACUAAGUCCACAACGGGAUCAACACCAACAGUAACUAAGACCGCAGAAACCCGAACAACGAGAAGUACCAGGAAAACAACACCAACCACAUCUGUCUCUACAACAUCCAAAACCACUGCGUCAACAGAAACCAGCCCAACCUCCUCAGCCAAAACAAGUCGAAGAAGCACAACUCUGACAAUGACUACAUCUUCCACCAAGUCUACUGAAACCAGUACAACCCCCAUACCAGCUACACCCACAACCCUCACUCUCACCACGACUACCUUGUCCACUAGCUCACCAGAGAGCACAACGUCAAAGUCAACCCCAACCAUUUCCACUCUCUUUACCACGCCCACCACAACCAUCACACCAACUCCACUCACAACCGUCACUCUGACGACGACGGGCCCGACCAGUACUUCUCCGGAGACCACCGCAUCUGAGUCCACCACCCCGAGCACCGCAAAAACAACUACGCUGACGACAGUUUCUCCAACUACUAAGUCAACUAAGUCCACAACGGGAUCAACACCAACAGUAACUAAGACCGCAGAAACCCCAACAACGAGAAGUACCAGGAAAACAACACCAACCACAUCUGUCUCUACAACAUCCAAAACCACUGGGUCAACAGAAACCAGCCCAACCUCUUCAGCCAAAACAAGUCGAAGAAGCACAACUCUGACAAUGACUACAUCUUCCACCAAGUCUACUGAAACCAGUACAACCCCCAUACCAGCUACACCCACAACCCUCACUCUCACCACGACUACCUUGUCCACUAGCUCACCAGAGAGCACAACAUCAAAGUCAACCCCUACCAUUUCCACUCCCUUUACCACGCCCACCACAACCAUCACACCAACUCCACUCACAACCGUCACUCUGACGACGACGGGCCCGACCAGUACUUCUCCGGAGACCACCGCAUCUGAGUCCACCACCCCGAUCACCGCAAAAACAACUACGCUGACGACAGUUUCUCCAACUACUAAGUCAACUAAGACCACAACGGGAUCAACACCAACAGGAAAGGAGCCAACUAAACCUACUACUCCAUCCUCACCUGUAACUAAGACCGCAGAAACCCCAACAACGAGAAGUACCAGGAAAACAACACCAACCACAUCUGUCUCUACAACAUCCAAAACCACUGCGUCAACAGAAUCCAGCCCAACCUCCUCAGCCAAAACAAGUCGAAGAAGCACAACUCUGACAAUGACUACAUCUUCCACCAAGUCUACUGAAACCAGUACAACCGCCAUACCAGCUACACCCACAACCCUCACUCUCACCACGACUACCUUGUCCACUAGCUCACCAGAGAGCACAACAUCCAAGUCAACCCCUACCAUUUCCACUCCCUUUACCACGCCCACCACAACCAUCACACCAACUCCACUCACAACCGUCACUCUGACGACGACGGCCCCGACCAGUACUUCUCCGGAGACCACCGCAUCUGAGUCCACCACCCUGAGCACCGCAAAAACAACUACGCUGACGACAGUUUCUCCAACUACUAAGUCAACUAAGACCACAACGGGAUCAACACCAACAGUAACUAAGACCACAGAAACCCCAACAACGAGAAGUACCAGGAAAACAACACCAACCACAUCUGUCUCUACAACUUCCAAAACAACUGCAUCAACAGAAUCCAGCCCAACCUCCUCAGUCAAAACAAGUCGAAGAAGCACAACUCUGACAAUGACUACAUCUUCCACCAAGUCUACUGAAACCAGUACAACCCCCAUACCAGCUACACCCACAACCCUCACUCUCACCACGACUACCUUGUCCACUAGCUCACCAGAGAGCACAACAUCAAAGUCAACCCCUACCAUUUCCUCUCCCUUUACCACGCCCACCACAACCAUCACACCAACUCCACUCACAACCGUCACUCUGAUGACGACGGGCCCGACCAGUACUUCUCCGGAGACCACCGCAUCUGAGUCCACCACCCCGAGCACCGCAAAAACAACUACGCUGACGACAGUUUCUCCAACUACUAAAUCAACUAAGUCCACAACGGGAUCAACACCAACAGUAACUAAGACUGCAGAAACCCCAACAACGAGAAGUACCAGGAAAACAACACCAACCACAUCUGUCUCUACAACAUCCAAAACCACUGGGUCAACAGAAACCAGCCCAACCUCCUCAGCCAAAACAAGUCGAAGAAGCACAACUCUGACAAUGACUACAUCUUCCACCAAGUCUACUGAAACCAGUACAACCCCCAUACCAGCUACACCCACAACCCUCACUCUCACCACGACUACCUUGUCCACUAGCUCACCAGAGAGCACAACAUCAAAGUCAACCCCUACCAUUUCCACUCCCUUUACCACGCCCACCACAACCAUCACACCAACUCCACUCACAACCGUCACUCUGACGACGACGGCCCCGACCAGUACUUCUCCGGAGACCACCGCAUCUGAGUCCACCACCCCGAUCACCACAAAAACAACUACGCUGACGACAGUUUCUCCAACUACUAAGUCAACUAAGACCACAACGGGAUCAACACCAACAGGAAAGGAGCCAACUAAACCUACUACUCCAUCCUCACCUGUAACUAAGACAGCAGAAACCCCAACAACGAGAAGUACCAGGAAAACAACACCAACCACAUCUGUCUCUACAACAUCCAAAACCACUGCGUCAACAGAAUCCAGCCCAACCUCCUCAGCCAAAACAAGUCGAAGAAGCACAACUCUGACAAUGACUACAUCUUCCACCAAGUCUACUGAAACCAGUACAACCGCCAUACCAGCUACACCCACAACCCUCACUCUCACCACGACUACCUUGUCCACUAGCUCACCAGAGAGCACAACAUCCAAGUCAACCCCUACCAUUUCCACUCCCUUUACCACGCCCACCACAACCAUCACACCAACUCCACUCACAACCGUCACUCUGACGACGACGGCCCCGACCAGUACUUCUCCGGAGACCACCGCAUCUGAGUCCACCACCCUGAGCACCGCAAAAACAACUACGCUGACGACAGUUUCUCCAACUACUAAGUCAACUAAGACCACAACGGGAUCAACACCAACAGUAACUAAGACCACAGAAACCCCAACAACGAGAAGUACCAGGAAAACAACACCAACCACAUCUGUCUCUACAACUUCCAAAACAAUUGCAUCAACAAAAUCCAGCCCAACCUCCUCAGCCAAAACAAGUCGAAGAAGCACAACUCUGACAAUGACUACAUCUUCCACCAAGUCUACUGAAACCAGUACAACCCCCAUACCAGCUACACCCACAACCCUCACUCUCACCACGACUACCUUGUCCACUAGCUCACCAGAGAGCACAACAUCAAAGUCAACCCCUACCAUUUCCACUCCCUUUACCACGCCCACCACAACCAUCACACCAACUCCACUCACAACCAUCACUCUGACGACGACGGGCCCGACCAGUACUUCUCCGGAGACCACCGCAUCUGAGUCCACCACCCCGAGCACCACAAAAACAACUACGCUGACGACAGUUUCUCCAACUACUAAAUCAACUAAGUCCACAACGGGAUCAACACCAACAGUAACUAAGACCGCAGAAACCCCAACAACGAGAAGUACCAGGAAAACAACACCAACCACAUCUGUCUCUACAACAUCCAAAACCACUGGGUCAACAGAAACCAGCCCAACCUCCUCAGCCAAAACAAGUCGAAGAAGCACAACUCUGACAAUGACUACAUCUUCCACCAAGUCUACUGAAACCAGUACAACCCCCAUACCAGCUACACCCACAACCCUCACUCUCACCACGACUACCUUGUCCACUAGCUCACCAGAGAGCACAACAUCAAAGUCAACCCCUACCAUUUCCACUCCCUUUACCACGCCCACCACAACCAUCACACCAACUCCACUCACAACCGUCACUCUGACGACGACGGCCCCGACCAGUACUUCUCCGGAGACCACCGCAUCUGAGUCCACCACCCCGAUCACCGCAAAAACAACUACGCUGACGACAGUUUCUCCAACUACUAAGUCAACUAAGACCACAACGGGAUCAACACCAACAGGAAAGGAGCCAACUAAACCUACUACUCCAUCCUCACCUGUAACUAAGACAGCAGAAACCCCAACAACGAGAAGUACCAGGAAAACAACACCAACCACAUCUGUCUCUACAACAUCCAAAACCACUGGGUCAACAGAAACCAGCCCAACCUCCUCAGCCAAAACAAGUCGAAGAAGCACAACUCUGACAAUGACUACAUCUUCCACCAAGUCUACUGAAACCAGUACAACCCCCAUACCAGCUACACCCACAACCCUCACUCUCACCACGACUACCUUGUCCACUAGCUCACCAGAGAGCACAACAUCCAAGUCAACCCCUACCAUUUCCACUCCCUUUACCACGCCCACCACAACCAUCACACCAACUCCACUCACAACCGUCACUCUGACGACGACGGGCCCGACCAGUACUUCUCCGGAGACCACCGCAUCUGAGUCCACCACCCCGAUCACCGCAAAAACAACUACGCUGACGACAGUUUCUCCAACUACUAAGUCAACUAAGACCACAACGGGAUCAACACCAACAGGAAAGGAGCCAACUAAACCUACUACUCCAUCCUCACCUGUAACUAAGACAGCAGAAACCCCAACAACGAGAAGUACCAGGAAAACAACACCAACCACAUCUGUCUCUACAACAUCCAAAACCACUGCGUCAACAGAAUCCAGCCCAACCUCCUCAGCCAAAACAAGUCGAAGAAGCACAACUCUGACAAUGACUACAUCUUCCACCAAGUCUACUGAAACCAGUACAACCGCCAUACCAGCUACACCCACAACCCUCACUCUCACCACGACUACCUUGUCCACUAGCUCACCAGAGAGCACAACAUCCAAGUCAACCCCUACCAUUUCCACUCCCUUUACCACGCCCACCACAACCAUCACACCAACUCCACUCACAACCGUCACUCUGACGACGACGGCCCCGACCAGUACUUCUCCGGAGACCACCGCAUCUGAGUCCACCACCCCGAGCACCGCAAAAACAACUACGCUGACGACAGUUUCUCCAACUACUAAGUCAACUAAGACCACAACGGGAUCAACACCAACAGUAACUAAGACCACAGAAACCCCAACAACGAGAAGUACCAGGAAAACAACACCAACCACAUCUGUCUCUACAACUUCCAAAACAAUUGCAUCAACAGAAUCCAGCCCAACCUCCUCAGCCAAAACAAGUCGAAGAAGCACAACUCUGACAAUGACUACAUCUUCCACCAAGUCUACUGAAACCAGUACAACCCCCAUACCAGCUACACCCACAACCCUCACUCUCACCACGACUACCUUGUCCACUAGCUCACCAGAGAGCACAACAUCAAAGUCAACCCCUACCAUUUCCACUCCCUUUACCAUGCCCACCACAACCAUCACACCAACUCCACUCACAACCGUCACUCUGACGACGACGGGCCCGACCAGUACUUCUCCGGAGACCACCGCAUCUGAGUCCACCACCCCGAGCACCGCAAAAACAACUACGCUGACGACAGUUUCUCCAACUACUAAAUCAACUAAGUCCACAACGGGAUCAACACCAACAGUAACUAAGACCGCAGAAACCCCAACAACGAGAAGUACCAGGAAAACAACACCAACCACAUCUGUCUCUACAACAUCCAAAACCACUGCGUCAACAGAAACCAGCCCAACCUCCUCAGCCAAAACAAGUCGAAGAAGCACAACUCUGACAAUGACUACAUCUUCCACCAAGUCUACUGAAACCAGUACAACCCCCAUACCAGCUACACCCACAACCCUCACUCUCACCACGACUACCUUGUCCACUAGCUCACCAGAGAGCACAACGUCAAAGUCAACCCCUACCAUUUCCACUCUCUUUACCACGCCCACCACAACCAUCACACCAACUCCACUCACAACCGUCACUCUGACGACGACGGGCCCGACCAGUACUUCUCCGGAGACCACCGCAUCUGAGUCCACCACCCCGAGCACCGCAAAAACAACUACGCUGACGACAGUUUCUCCAACUACUAAGUCAACUAAGUCCACAACGGGAUCAACACCAACAGUAACUAAGACCGCAGAAACCCCAACAACGAGAAGUACCAGGAAAACAACACCAACCACAUCUGUCUCUACAACAUCCAAAACCACUGGGUCAACAGAAACCAGCCCAACCUCCUCAGCCAAAACAAGUCGAAGAAGCACAACUCUGACAAUGACUACAUCUUCCACCAAGUCUACUGAAACCAGUACAACCCCCAUACCAGCUACACCCACAACCCUCACUCUCACCACGACUACCUUGUCCACUAGCUCACCAGAGAGCACAACAUCAAAGUCAACCCCUACCAUUUCCACUCCCUUUACCACGCCCACCACAACCAUCACACCAACUCCACUCACAACCGUCACUCUGACGACGACGGGCCCGACCAGUACUUCUCCGGAGACCACCGCAUCUGAGUCCACCACCCCGAUCACCGCAAAAACAACUACGCUGACGACAGUUUCUCCAACUACUAAGUCAACUAAGACCACAACGGGAUCAACACCAACAGGAAAGGAGCCAACUAAACCUACUACUCCAUCCUCACCUGUAACUAAGACCGCAGAAACCCCAACAACGAGAAGUACCAGGAAAACAACACCAACCACAUCUGUCUCUACAACUUCCAAAACAACUGCAUCAACAGAAUCCAGCCCAACCUCCUCAGCCAAAACAAGUCGAAGAAGCACAACUCUGACAAUGACUACAUCUUCCACCAAGUCUACUGAAACCAGUACAACCCCCAUACCAGCUACACCCACAACCCUCACUCUCACCACGACUACCUUGUCCACUAGCUCACCAGAGAGCACAACAUCCAAGUCAACCCCUACCAUUUCCACUCCCUUUACCACGCCCACCACAACCAUCACACCAACUCCACUCACAACCGUUACUCUGACGACGACGGCCCCGACCAGUACUUCUCCGGAGACCACCGCAUCUGAGUCCACCACCUCGAGCACCGCAAAAACAUCCACGUUGACAACAGUUUCUCCAACUACUAAGUCAACUAAGUCCACAACGGGAUCAACACCAACAGUAACUAAGACCGCAGAAACCCCAACAACGAGAAGUACCAGGAAAACAACACCAACCACAUCUGUCUCUACAACUUCCAAAACAACUGCAUCAACAGAAUCCAGCUCAACCUCCUCAGCCAAAACACGUCGAAGAAGCACAACUCUGACAAUGACUACAUCUUCCACCAAGUCUACUGAAACCAGUACAACCGCCAUACCAGCUACACCCACAACCCUCACUCUCACCACGACUACCUUGUCCACUAGCUCACCAGAGAGCACAACGUCAAAGUCAACCCCUACCAUUUCCACUCCCUUUACCACGCCCACCACAACCAUCACACCAACUCCACUCACAACCGUCACUCUGACGACAACGGCCCCGACCAGUACUUCUCCGGAGACCACCGCAUCUGAGUCCACCACCCCGAGCACCGCAAAAACAACUACGCUGACGACAGUUUCUCCAACUACUAAGUCAACUAAGUCCACAACGGGAUCAACACCAACAGUAACUAAGACGGCAGAAACCCCAACAGCGAGAAGUACCAGGAAAACAACACCAACCACAUCUGUCUCUACACCAAAAACAAUUCUAAGAAGCACCUCAUCACCAAAAACUGCUCCAAUAAGAAUUAUGACAACAACUAUGCCUUCCACCAAUUCUACAGAAACUAGGACAACCGCCACACCAACUACACCCACAACCCUCACUUUCACCACAACUACCUUGUCCACUAGCUCACCAGAGAGCACAACAUCAAAGUCAACCCCUACCAUUUCCAUUCCCUUUACCACGCCCACCACAACCAUCACACCAACUACACUCACAACCGUCACUCUGACGACGACGGCCCUGACCAGUACUUCUCCGGAGACCACCGCAUCUGAGUCCACCACCCCAAGCACUGUAAAAACAACUGCACUGACGACAGUUUCUCCAACUACUAGGUCAACAAAGUCAACACCAACAGUAACAAAGGCCGUACGAACCACACCACCACAAAGAACAACCCCCAGAAGUACGACGAAAACGUCACCAACCACAUCAGUCUCCACAACAUCCAAAACCACUGCAUCAACAGAGUCCACUUCAACCUCCAUACCAAAAACUAGGCUGAUAACCACAACUCUGACAACGACUACUCCUUCCACUACGUCUACUCAGUCCAGCACAACCGCCACACCAACUACACCCACAACCAUCACCUUGACAACAACUACCUUGACCACUAGUUCAGCGAAGAGCACCACCUCAGAGUCCACCUCCACCCAAACCACUACUUCUACCACCACAAAAACCACAACGCUGACAUCCCCUACCCUUUCCAUUACCUCUACCAAGUCCAGCACAACCACCACACCAACUACACCCACGACCGUCACUCUGACGAUGGCCCCAACCAGUACAUCAACAAAGAGCACCAUAUCAGAGUCCACUAGCCGAAGCACCGCAAAAACAUCUACGCUGACGACAGUUUCUCCAACUACUAAGUCAACUAAGUCCACAACGGGAUCAACACCAACAGUAACAAAGACUAUAAAAAGCACACCACCACAAAGAACUACUCCCAUCAGUACGAUGAAAACAACACCAAUAACAUCUGUCUCUACAACAUCCAAAACUACUAUUUCUACAGAGUCUACUCCAACCUCCUCACCAAAAACUAGGCUGAUAACCACAACUCUGACAACGACAUCUACUACAUCUACAGUGUCCAGCACAACUGCCACACCAACUACACCCACAACCGUCACUCUGACGACAACUACCUUGACCACUAGUUCAACGGAGACCACUAUAUCAAAGUCCACCUCCCCGCAAACCAUUACCUCUACCACCACAAAAACCACAUCAUUGACAACCCCUACACCUUCCAUUACCUCUACCACAUCCAGCACAACCACCACCCCAACUACACUCACAUCUGUCACUCUGACGACAAUGGUCCCUACAGCUAGGUCAACAUCAGAGUCCAUCACCCCAAGCACCAUAAAAGCCACAACACCGACAGGAAUUUCUUCUACUACUAUUUCAACUAAAUCCACAAUGAGGACAACACCAACACCAACAGUAAUAAAGUCAACUAGAAAAACCACAACUUCCAGUUCUUCUAUUAAAUCCACUACAAGCACUUCACCAACAACUACUCCAAUCUCUACCUCAACAGAAUUUUCAACAUUGGAAUCCACCACUCUGCCUAAUGCCACUACCUCAAUCACCAAAAAACCGACAUCAAAAAUGACUACGCCCACAUCUACGGCUUCGACACUCACUAUGAUAACAUCCACUACUCCGAAAACCACAACCAUCAAAAUCACAACUUUUUCAACUACCCCAACUAGUUCAUCAACUGAAACAGCCACAGUCAAAUCAACUACAUACAUAACACCAACCACAACAAAAACCACAGCUCUAUUCAAUGAAACAACUACAGCUUCUACUGCAUUUACUACAAGCUUUCACUCCUCUGGCACACUGUCUACUUUACUAUCUACAACACCUUCAAAAGAACGUUGUAGAGAGAUUGAAUAUGAGGAGCAAGUGACUUACAAAGGAUGUACUACAAAUGUCACCUUGACCCGCUGUGAAGGAAUGUGUCCAUCUUCAGCAAAGCUAAAUAUCGCAAAGAUGAUGGUAGAUGUGGAAUGUGGCUGUUGUAUGCCAAUCACACUGCAUAAAAAGGAACUGAAAAUGCCUUGCCCAGACCCAGAUCGCCCUGGAAAGAGGCUCGUUAUGGAGAUAAUCAUAUUUGGUGGCUGCGUAUGUAACUACGAUGGCUGCACACACUAGCUGGGCUUUUCAAACAGUAUCAAAACAGAUUUUUUUUUUAAAUGAAAUUACACGGUAACAAUUUACAACAUUUCAAACAAUGACUGUUCAUUACUAUGACCUCUCUUAUGUCUACUUC